AUGAGAAAAGUCAGAUCCGUCCUGAAGUCAGAGGCUGGCACAGUGCUUGAGGGCCCACAGAGCCCAGAGCUCGGAACCCCCACGGAUGCAGAGAAGCCCCACGUGCUGGGGCUGAGGGACUCGGAAUCCAUGUCCCUCGGGCCCGUGCCUCUGUUCCCACCCUUGGGCGGGUGCUCGGAUGAUACCACCUCCUUGGAUCAAAUCCAGCCUGGAUCCCAGUCCAGAGCAAAUGUUCCAGGCACGAAGGAGCUGGCGUGGUACCUGUGUGCAAGGCCACCGUCUGCCUUGAGGUGCCAGGUCCUGGGCCCAGUUAGCCUGGCAGCAGGACCCCGAGGAAGGACCAGCAGGCGUGGUGAGCAGCUCCAGGGCCUGCCUCCUCCAGGAAGCCUUCCCCUGCGCCUCCACACCCGGCCCCGUUUGCAGGCAGACGUUGAUCACCUGGACUCUGCGGUCAGCUCAGCAGGGGCCCAGGCUGAGUCUGACUUUCCUGCCAGGGUGUUCCUGUCCCCAGCAUGUGGCGUAGAGCAGAGAAGCCUCUGGAGGCUUGCUGGCCUUGCCUUCCAUUUGCAGGCAGCUGGACCUACACUUGGAAGGUCUUUAGGACCAGAGACAGACCCUGCGGCGAUCCAACAUGAGCCGGGGGCUAGGACGGGGGGGACCAGGCUGCUUCCACUGCAGAGAGGAGGCCAUGAGCUGGGGACACCUGACCCCAAGGUGUUCCCUGGGCUUGGGGAGCGGCGAGGCCUGCCAAGGCUGGGGGAGCCCGCCAGCCUGCUGAGUUUUACUGUACAAACAGUUGCAGAGGGAGGGGGCGCCCCCCAUCAGCAAACAUGCCAAUUUAAAGUGGGCUACUCUGCUUGCCUGGACCUGCCUCGGGAGUCUCUGCCCCUGAUUUCUCCCUUUUCCUCCAUGGAUUCCUCCUACUUCAAGGACUCAAGAUGUCCCCUCUUCUCAGAAGGCGCAAUCCGCCCCGUGACCCUGGCAGGUCCCUGCUUCUCCCCACACCCAAGCAGGAAGAACAGUUUGAACGUUGAGCUGUUCCCCCACGUUUUAACGACCCUGGGACUGUUCCCGCAGCAGGACUGGAGAGCCCUGGCUGGGGAGCCUGCGGGAGCUGGGGAGGUGGGAGAUCAUCCCCCAGGGGAGGGGGUGAUCACAGGGAAGGAGCGACUGGCACGUGAUCCCUCCAGCAGCUCUGAGCCCGGGAGAAGGUCGGAAUUCCUGCUCAGGCUUCCAAACACUGUUGUCAAGCCGUUUGAACAAUAA